UCCUCUGAAGAGACUGGUGGUCAAACUUGUCAUCAGUGCCGAAGGAGUAAGAGAGAUAACGUUAUUUGGUGUUUUAAAUGUAAUCGAAGAGGGUACUGUGAUAGCUGUGUCUCUACAUGGUACCCAGACAUCUCACUGGAAGAUAUUCAAAGAAUAUGCCCUGCAUGUCGUGGUACUUGCAAUUGUAAAGUUUGCCUUCGUGGAGAUAAUAUGAUAAAGGUAAGGAUAAGAGAGAUCCCUGCUUUAGACAAACUACAGUAUCUCCAUAGUCUGCUGUCUUCAGUGCUUCCGGUUGUUAAGCAAAUCCACCAUGAGCAGUGUUCUGAAGUAGAGCUGGAGAAGAUGCUCCGUGGAACUGAAAUAGAUCUUGCCAGGACAAGAUUGAAUGCAGAUGAACAGAUGUGCUGCAAUUUUUGCCGGAUUCCUAUUAUUGAUUACCAUAGGCAUUGUGCCAAUUGCUCGUACGAUCUGUGUCUUAGUUGCUGUAGAGAUCUUCAGGAAGCAUCUACGCCUUGUAUUAAUGGAGUUGUGGAUAAUAAGAUUGGUGGAAUUCAAGAAAUGGAAACCUUGUUGGAGCAACCGAAAAUACCAAGAGUCAAACAAAACUUUUCAGACAAGUUUCCUGAUUGGAAAGCGAAUGGUGAUGGCAGCAUUCCAUGUCCCCCAAAGGAUUAUGGUGGCUGUGGAUAUCCAUCAUUGAAUUUAAGCCGCAUUUUUAAGAUGAAUUGGGUUGCAAAACUGGUGAAAAAUGUGGAGGAAAUGGUGAGUGGAUGUAGGGUAUACAAUGAUGGCUUACUGGAGAAAACUGAGUUUAAUGAUCAUAGACACUGCCAAUAUGCUCAUAGGGAGGAUGACAGUGAUAAUUUCUUGUUCUGCCCCACAUCUGAAGAUAUUAAAUCAGGCGGAAUUGGUGAUUUUAGAAAGCAUUGGGCCAGAGGUGAACCCAUCAUUGUUAACCAGGUUUUUGAUA